AUGAGCAAAAUUAAUCUUAAAGAAGCAUUUGAGAUAGAAUGCAAACAUGGAGCGUUUUAUACUGGCGGCAAUAUACAAUGGAGUAAAAAUGCAGAAAACCUAUUUUGUCAGAAAGGAGGCACUGUAUCUGUACUCUCUUUGAAUAAAGGUUCUGUAAUAUCAUCAUUGGGUUUAACAGAAGCUGAUCAGGAAAAAGAUACGAUAAAUUGUUUUACUCUUUGUAAUGAAGAUACAAGCAUAAUCACUCAUCAUAAAAGUGGACUAUUUAAAUUAUGGAAUUUGAAAACUAGUACAAUAACAAAAUUAUGGAAGUCUAUUCAUAAAGGACCUGUGAUACGAAUAACUUUGUCGAAUAAUAAUAUUCUAAUGGCAUCAGGUGGAAGUGACAGUACUGUUAGAUUAUGGAAUUUACAACAUCAUGCAUGUAUACAUAGUCUCAAAGGAAUACAGGGGGUAAUUAGUGUAUUGGAAUUUCACCCAAAUAAAGAAAAUAAACAUCCGCUUCUUUUUGGCGCUGGUGAUAAUACAAAAAUUUAUGGUUGGAAUAUUUCUACUGGACAGGAAAAGAUUAUUCUUUCUGGACACUUUAGUACAGUUACGUCACUUAAUUUUCAUGAGAAUGAAAAUUAUUUAAUCAGUUCCCUGGUACCAGCGGCUAAAGAAGAAGGAGGUUUAUCGAUCACGCAUUUACUUUAUAACAGCAUUCAUAACAUCUUUGCAGUAGUAUCUGUUGAUCAUAACAUAAUCAUCCAUUCGUUAGAGUUGUUCGAAUGCAAAAAGCAGUUGGUGGGCUAUAGCGAUGAAAUUCUAGACAUCGUAUAUCUUGGAAAUAGCGAUAGUCAUAUUGCACUUGCAACCAAUAGUUCUGACAUAAAACUUUAUGAGAUCGUCUCUAUGAAUUGUCAAUUAGUGUGUGGUCACACUGACAGUGUUUUGGCUCUCGCUACGACUCCAGCAAAUGUAAAUCUACUUGUAUCUUCAUCCAAGGACAAUAGUGUCCGUGUAUGGCUACUAGAUAAAGAAACGACAAGAAUGUUUUGUAUUGGAUAUGCUGUUAGGCAUACAGCCUCAAUUAGUUCUGUUGCAAUAUCUCAAAUAACAACAAAGUUCUUCACCACUGUUGCUCAAGACUCGUGUUUGAAACUAUGGGAAUUACCCAACAAUCUUGAAUCAUAUAAUCAAGUUUUAUCAUUAAAUGUAAGUCACACAAUAUUAGCGCACCAAAAGGAGAUGAACUGUGUAACUAUCUCGCCGAAUGAUAAACUAAUUGCUACAGCGUCGCAAGAUAAGACUGCAAAGUUAUGGUCUACAGAGACUUUGCAAUUGCUUGGCGUAUUUCAUGGUCAUCGAAGAGGCGUGUGGUGUGUUCGAUUCUCGCCGAUUGAUCAAGUGCUUUUAACAACAUCCGCCGAUUGUACUAUGAAACUAUGGUCUUUAACAGAUCUCAAUUGUUUGAAGACAUUUGAAGGCCAUGAAUCUUCCGUUUUAAGGGGAGAGUUUCUGUCGCGCGGUAUGCAGUUAAUUACAUCGGGCGGAGACGGUCUUCUAAAAUUGUGGAAUAUCAAAACAUCUGAAUGCGUAACUACAUUGAAUCAACAUGAAAGUCAUGUUUGGACGCUCGCAGUCACUAAGGAUCAAAAAAAUAUUAUCAGUGGUGGUAGCGAUUCAUUGCUGGUAUUUUGGAGAGAUGUAACUGAAGAGAGGAAAACGCGAGAAGCAUUGGAAAAAGCGCAGCUCGCGCUUGAGGAGCAAAAAUUGGCAAAUUUACUUAAAGCCGAAGAACUUCAGGCUGCGUUACAAUUGGCUCUAAAACUGGAGCGACCAUUACAAGUUCUUAAGAUUGUAGAAGCUAUAUUGAAGAAGCAAAACAAAUUUGUAGAAAUAAUAAAAGAAUUGAAACCAAUCCGCAAAGAAGCUCUUCUCAGAUGUGCAGUUACUUGGAAUACAAAUAGUCGAAACUCACAUGCUGCUCAGAUGGUUAUAAAUACCUUGAUAACAGAACUUGAAACACAAGAACUGCAGAUGUCAAAUUUAUCUUCCACUUUAGAAACUACGAUUCCUUAUACUGAUAGGCACUUUAAAAGAUUAACAAAACUUUUGCAAGAUCUUCAUUUAUUAACGUACACCUUUAAUCGUAUGAAACCUGAUAUAUCAAUUGAUACUAAAUAAGUUAUGUAUAAUA